ACUGCUCAUCAAGUCCUCCAGCCUUGUUGCCUGUUAAGGCUUUCUUGAACACAAUUUUAUGGUGUAGGCGGGGCGAGCUCCUAUAGUUCUGCAAGUCGUCUGAGGGGGAGAGCAACGCGAGCUGCGUGCCAAUGAUAUGGACAAGAAAUCUUCUCAAGCAUUGUUUAUUUAGGAUGCAGGUUUGAGAUAAUCUUUUGGCAGCGCUCUAUUUUGCCUUAGAAGGGAUCAAGCACUUGGCCUUCGCAGAAGGGAACGCCACCUUUCCUCUGGCGGCUACGAAAGUAGAAUACUGUGCUACCCUUGUACGAGCAGCCUGCUGUAGAUCGCCAUGAGUGGAGUUGAAGUAGCUGGGUUGGCGCUUGGUGCCUUGCCCAUUCUUAUUUCGGCCAUCGAGUCCUACAACGAAGGCCUCGACCCAAUCAAGAGCUUCAUGAGAUGGGAGCGUGAACUGCCUCAGUAUAUCCGGAAGCUGCGCAAUGAGCAUGUUCAUUAUGCGCAAACGAUGCGCCAACUGCUGGAGCCGAUAACGACCGAGUUCGAAUUGGCCGAGAUGCUUGCCGAACCAGGCGGGAAGCUCUGGAAAGAUAAAGAAAUGGCUUCCAAGUUGCAGGAAAGGUUGCAGGAGUCAUACCAGGCAUACCAGAGUACAGUUGCAGAUGUGGAGCGUAUAAUGAAGAAGAUUGCGAGCAAGCUGGACCUUGAUCGGGCAGAGGAGCUGACGCGCAACGACCUCGAAGCAAUCAUAGCUGCGAAUCCGCGAAAGCCAAAUGACAAGUUCGAGUUUAGGAAGAGAGUCAAGUUUGGAAUGGGCAAGAAAACGAUAAAGGGCCUCCUAGAUGAGCUUUCUGAAUGCAACAAGGAGCUCGAGCGCUUUACCGACAAAAGCGAAAAGUUGGAGACGUUCCGAAAAGCGACUAAACCAUCAUUUGCGGCCCGAUUGCAGCGGAUCCAGGACCUUGCAAAAAGUCUCCACAGCUCCAUCAUCACGUCGUGGUCGUGCGCGUGCCGUCAAUACCAUCAGGGUAAUAUCCAACUUGAGCAGAGAGAAACACUGUUUGCUUCUGGCGCAAAGAGAGCCAAGGCAUCGCCCAAGAUCUGCUUCACGGUUGCCUUUACCACUUCAGGUGAUGCAACCCACUCCUGGACCUGGCAAGAAGCGGAAUUUCAUAUUGAAGAUGAAGAUGCAUGCUCUGCCCCCCUGCCAAACCCAAUAUCGAAGCCGAAAAUGUCAAAAUCUGUCAGUUUCGGUGAUACCGCUCCGCCUCCCUACUCCUUGACCGAUCCUAGCCCUGUCCCGGUUUCGAUGCCAACACUGCAGGAGGUGAAGGACCUCUGCGCUUCUAUCCAGAAACUGCACAUGAGCUCAUCGUGCAUCGGUUUCCGCUUGGACAGCAAGAGCAAACUUCUCAGAGGUGUAUACCCCGUCGACUCCCCCCUGGAGAAACCGAAGCUCCUGCACCAAGUAGUCACCCUGGAGGAGCUAAUCAACAAACCUCCGGUAAUCAAUGGACGCCCUUCUAAGCUCAGCAAGAAGGAACGGUACUUUCUAGCAGUCACGCUCGCAAGCUCCGCGCUUCAGCUGCACUCGACUCCCUGGUUCCCCGACCAGUGGAGCGCCAAAGACAUCGUCUUUCACAAGGCAUCCGCGGGUCCACGUUUGAUCGACAUCGACCACCCCUACAUGUCCUCGUCGAAGCUACUGGAGCACGCGAAAGACGCAUCAAGCCCGCAGAGAACCCGCAGCUUCCAAAACAAAAACACUGUCCUUCUCGCCCUCGCCGUCGCCCUGCUGGAGCUCUACUUCGGCAUCUCGGCGCAACAGCGUCAAGCCGACGAGGGCGCAACCGAAGACGGUCCCGUCUCCGGCAACCCCUGGCAGCUCUGCGCUUUGGCAUACGAGUGGGCGGAGACGGAGCAGGAGAAUCUGUCGGCUGCGUUCUCGAAUGCGGUUAACCAUUGCUUGAGAUGCUUUAGCGAUCCGUCGUCUUCGCUGAAAGAUUCCGAGUUCUUGCAGGCGGCUGUGGAGAGUAUCGUCUUGCCGUUGCAAGACGAGCUGUAUCAGUUUCUGGGGAAGACGGCCGCCUAAAAUUGAAACUGGGUCCUGGCAGUGCACUAUCGACCGAGACUAGCUGUGCUGGCGAAGAGAAAUAUCGGCUUGCUGGGU